AUGAACCCAGAACGACAGCGUGCGUUCGCCGAGUACCAGAAGAUACUGGACGAGCUGAAGACUGCGUUCCUCGAGCGAUGGAAGGUUAAGAAAACUGACAACGUCUCCAUGAAGGACUUCGAGCGAUUUCGAACGGUCGGAAGCGGUGCUUUCGGACGGGUUAUACUCGUCAAAUACAGGCCAACUUCCGUCUACUACGCUAUGAAGAUCCUGGACAAAGCGAAGAUCGUGAAGAUGAAACAGGUGGAUCACACCCACAACGAGAAGAAGAUACUCCAGUGUGUUAGGUUCCCUUUCGUCGUCUUCAUGGAGUUCUUCUUCAAGGAUAACUCUUACAUUUAUAUGGUAUUGCCGUUUAUAAAUGGCGGGGAAAUGUUUACGCAUCUAAGGCGAAUGGGGAAGUUCGAUGAAUCCCUGGCGAAAUUCUAUGCAGCCCAGGUGGCUUUGGCGUUGGAAUACCUUCAUCAUUGCAGUCUGGUUUACAGAGAUUUGAAACCGGAGAAUAUUUUGAUUCAGCACACUGGUUACAUACGAGUGACGGAUUUCGGUUUUUGCAAAAUGAUCGACGGAAGAACUUGGACGCUGUGCGGCACACCCGAGUACCUGGCACCGGAAGUGAUCCUGUCAAAGGGUUACGGGAAAUCCGUGGACUGGUGGAGUUUCGGUGUGCUGAUCUACGAGAUGAACGCUGGUUAUCCACCGUUUUAUUCGCGGGAUCCCAUGAAGAUAUACGAGAAGAUCGUUGCUGGGAAAUAUAAAUUCGCUCAUCAUUUUGGCGAAGAGUUGAAGGAUAUCUUGAAGAAUAUACUUCAGGUGGAUCUGACAAGACGGUAUGGGAACUUGAAGGGUGGUAGCAUGGAUAUCAAAGGGCACAAAUGGUUCCAAUCGCUGGACUGGAACCAGAUUUACCAUCAGAAGAUCACGCCCAGUUUUAUACCGCAAUGCGAAACACCGGAGGACACGAGAAAUUUUGAUCAUUACGAGGAGGAGUCGUUGAGGGUGGAUCAGGUCGAUCGUUUCGCCAAAGAGUUUGCAAAUUUUUAA